AUGAUAGAAUCAGAAAUUAGCCCUCAGCAGGAUGUCAUGCCAGCUCAUGAAAUUGAGAUGGAAGAACCAUCUAACCAAGAUAUCAAUGAAAAUGAUGAGCCAGCAAUGAGCCAACCCGCAAUGCGAGAUAUUCAUCCACAAAUUGUGAUUACACCUGCGACGGUCCAGUUACAUGGCCCUAAACAGUUUAUUCUGGAUACCGAGACCACCGGUUUCUAUUAUCAGGACAGUGACCGAAUUGUUGAAGUUGGCGCAAUUGAAAUGGUCAAUCGUAAACUGACUGGCAGUUCGAUUCAUAUCUAUAUAAAUCCAGAAAAACCAGUUGGCGAUUCAGAAGCCAUCCAUGGUAGUGAAAUUAUUGCGCAUAAUGCAAGCUUCGAUAUGAACUUCUUAGAUAUGGAGUUUAAGCGCAGUGGUCUACAGGCACUCUCAGAAUUCGCCGUUAUGAAAUUCCGCAACGAGAUCGUACUUUCCAUGGUGCCUUACUCGAUGCUGAAAUUUUAUCUGACGUUUAUCUCGCCAUGA